UUGUGUGUCUGUGUUCAUUCCUUCCAACAGAAUCAAAGGGUUAUGUCUCCCCAAACCUCAUGCCGCUAACCCUCGUGAAGCAGGGUUCUACACCAUCAACCAUAGCAGCGGUUCAGAGCAUCAUUAAUAUACUAAAUACUUUGUUGGGGACACAAACUGGAGUCAGACCAGGGAGUCAGACAGCAGGACCAAGCAUGGACACUGAAAUGCGAAGGUCUUUCCCAGGCUUUUUUAAGAAGAGGCCUAGUCGAGGUGCGGCAUUUAAAUCCCCAAAACAACUGAAAUUAUGGAAACCAUUUAACCUUACUGUUUUUUUGAUGCACCUCAACUCCACCACAACACCCUCCCCGGAGUCCCCGGAGGAAGAUCUUCAGCACCUGCAGGCAGGUCUUGGCAAAAGGACUCUGUCCAUAGACGGAGAAAUGACACAUUCUGAGAUAUCCAGGUUGUUCGAAGACGUGUUUCCCAAAAUAAAAGCAGUGUCAGGAGGGUGGCUGCUCUACAAAGCUGCAGGCGGGAAUGGAAGGCGGCACUUGUCGGUUGUACCUCCAGAGACUGAGGGCUAUACCGCUAGCACCCUAAAAACAGCUAGCGGGGUGGUAAAACAAUUCUUUACAUCCUGCCACUUUAGGAUGAGCUGGAUUUGGCGCCCCUCUCCACCGACGCAGUAGAGUUUGCGCAUAUGCCGAAGACAGAAUGCACUUGCAGUAAGGUCAUGCCUUUACAGUUGCUGGCAUUACAUGUCACCCAGUGCCAAAACUCAACUAUCUCUGACACUGAUGAUUAUGUGGAAUGUGUGUCGGAAGAUGUGUCAGAGCCAACACAAGCCUGCUGCCCCAUCUGCAGCGAAAUGUUUGCAACCUAAGAACUGAAAUCUCAUGCCAGCUCGUGUGGACUGGAGAGCCCGGUGAACUGGCAACCAAAUUUGGAAAGCCCUGUCCAUCGGCGGCUGGCAUGGGGUCGGCUGCUGUUCUGGGAUGGUGUGCCGAGCUGGGCAAACUCAAGUGUCGCUGGUGGCGUG